AUGGCCGACGAAAAGCCGAAGGAAGAAGUCAAGACUGAAAACAACGACCACAUUAAUUUGAAGGUGGCAGGGCAAGAUGGUUCGGUGGUGCGAUUUAAGAUGAAGAGGCACACACCGCUUAGUAAACUAAUGAAAGUCUAUUGUGAACGACAGGACACACCUGCGCAGUUGGAAAUGGAGGAUGAAGAUCCAAUGGAUGUAUUCCAGCAGCAGACAGGCGGUGUUUACUAA